GGUGACGCAGUGCGCGUCUCCGCGUUGCCUCUCAGUCAAAGAGCAGUAAAUGGAGUCAAGCGGUCACGACACGAAACUAUUAAUAACGAAUAAAGUUUUAGUUAUGUGUAACAGAAGUUUAAUGAGUAGGGCAUAUUUGUAGUGUGACAAGGUUAGUGUAUACCGUGGAUGUAGCUGGCUAGCUGUGCAGCGAGGGUUUGUUUCGGUGUCUUCUCGUCCUCGCUAAGGCCUUUCUAGCUCCGGCUGCUGUGUAGCGUUUGUUUAGCUAACGGUAACGUUUUUAAACAUCCAGCGAUUCAGUUGAGCAUUUGGACGCCUGAGCACACAAGGCGACAUGACAGACGAGAGUGCCGUUGUAAUGCAACAGAUUUUAGACAGGAGUUGCUGGGUGUGUUUUGCCACAGAUGAGGACGAUCGUACAGCUGAGUGGGUUAGACCGUGUCGAUGCCGUGGCUCCACCAAGUGGGUGCACCAGGCCUGCCUGCAGCGCUGGGUGGAUGAGAAGCAGCGGGGCAACAGCACAGCCCGUGUAGCCUGUCCUCAGUGCAAUGCUGAGUACCUCAUCGUCUUCCCCAAGCUUGGGCCGGUGGUGUAUGUACUAGAUCUGGCAGAUAGACUAAUCUCCAAGGCCUGUCCAUUUGCUGCAGCUGGAAUCAUGGUGGGCUCCAUCUACUGGACCGCAGUCACAUAUGGAGCUGUCACUGUUAUGCAGGUGGUGGGCCAUAAGGAGGGCUUGGAUGUGAUGGAGAGGGCUGACCCUCUGUUUCUACUCAUCGGCCUGCCCACUAUACCAGUCAUGCUAAUUCUAGGCAAGAUGAUUCGCUGGGAGGACUACGUGCUCCGCCUUUGGAGGAAGUAUUCCAACAAGCUGCAGAUCCUCAACAGCAUCUUCCCAGGGAUUGGUUGUCCAGUGCCCAGAAUCCCUGCUGAGGCGAGUCCACUGGCUGAUCACGUGUCGGCUACUCGCAUCCUGUGUGGAGCCCUGGUGUUUCCCACUAUCGCCACUAUUGUGGGCAAGCUCAUGUUCAGUAGUGUCAACUCCAACCUGCAAAGGACCAUCCUGGGCGGAAUUGCAUUUGUGGCAAUUAAAGGGGCGUUUAAGGUGUACUUCAAGCAGCAGCAGUACCUCCGACAAGCCCAUCGCAAGAUCCUCAACUUCCCAGAGCAGGAGGAGGCCUGAGUGGGGCAAAGAGAGUGACCACGCCCCUUACAGACUGAGAAAUCACCAAUACCUCCAUGCCACCUGCACCAUCUCCUCUGUGUGCUUGUGUGCUGCAGAGUCAAUACCGCUCGCUGCUGCUGCUGCGAUCAGCUCUACCCUGGUGACCAUAUUUGGAUUUUAUAGCGUAUGCAUUUGAGGCUAGAGAUGUGGACAGAGGUUGACAAGUGUUGCACCACACAUCAACAGUGCACCUAGUGGUUCACAGAAGCUGUUCAUUUUUGUCCCUCUCCCUAAAAAUGUGAUCUUUUUUUCCCCCCCCUCAUCUGUUUGGUUGAAGAUCUAGGCUUUCUCUCCAGUUGUGUAAGUAAUCAGAACUGAGAGAGGUUCCUUCUUUUCUGUAUUUUAUAGGUUGUGGUAUUUUAAAUUGAGUGGAAUGUGUUAGUUUUAUGUGAAUAAAUGAUCCUUUUAUGUUACUCUGACAAUGAGAUGGAUUAGAAAUGUCCUCAUCCACAUAAGUGACUUGGCUUUGACCGGUUGUAUUAAUGAAUCAGUGACUCUGGGGGGGGUGAUUGUACAAUUCUAGAAGCAUUUAUUUAUAUCCCCCCUAUAGUGUGUUUUCUCUUUAAAUCUUAGAAUAUCAGGCUGUUUCUGGACAGAGAUUAAGCUGAUCUACAGAAACAUUUGAGGAAUUUAACACUAAAAUGAAAAAUACUCUGAACAGUAUUGAUGUCGGUCCAGAAACUAUCCCAGUUCUCGAGAGCAGGAGCAUAGCUGUGGAAAGCUGACGGGGAAAACUGUAUGACAGCCAUGACUAAUGCUAAAUAUUUUGCCUUCUGACUUAAACAAGAGGCUUUUCAAGUCUAAUCAUUAUCACUUUUGUGUAAUCAUAUUGAUUAUAAAUUGCAUUCGACGUCACUAAUCAACAUGUGCACAGACUUUUAAGACACGUAAGGCUGGUGGUGAUUUUUCUGUUCACUAAAUUAGUUGUCCUUUGCUCUCAUUACAGAAUCGGAAGAGUACCCCAAAAAACACUUAUUUUACUUCCGUGCUAUUUGAGUCCGAUAACUUCAAAUGUUAUUUAGAAGUAACAGCGAAAGGCUAGCACUAACAUUUCAGGAGCUCUUCCAGCAUGAUCCAAGAAGAAAGGUCCCUGAGAACCCCUCAACAUGAGGCUGUUCAGAUUGCUUUGUCAUUGCAUCACCAUGUGGAGAAGAUGAUUUAAAAUCAUAAAUCACUUGAAACAGAGGCCUCAGCUGUGCGGACAAUGUUCGACUGUCCUAACCUGUCCUCUUUGUAGCUGCAUCAUGCGUGAUGUUUCAUGACGCUGUCUAUACGGGACUGGAAGCAUUAGUAAUCUUUCUCCUCUGUACUCCUGAGAUUGCUCGUCUUUUUUAAAUGCGUUGAAGGAGUCGCUGCUGAACUCCUGGAGAACAUGUGGCUUAUGUGGAUUAUUAUACUGAAAGAUCUGUAAGAUCUAACAAUGGUGAAAAUGCCAAAUGUGCCGGUUUAGGCGUGUGGAUGGAUUCAAGCGAUGAUUUAUGUGAUCACUACUAACCUUUGUGCAUCUGUGACCGCUGGUUUGUACAUGAUAUGAUCAACAGAGGAAAGUGAGAACCAUCAGUGUAUUAUUUAAUUUUUUUUUUGUAAAUAUAGCAUGCCAAUAACAGACCCAUUAUGUGGAGAUGGAAAGAAGUAAGCCUACUGAACAUGGUAGGGGACACGUUAUAUCAGCCUUUAGUAACCGAUUUGCUACAUCAGGCAUCAAACUCUGAAUAGAACUAAUACCCCAUGAAAUGCUGUACAUAUAAUGAAGACAUGAUUUGAUGUAACUACUCUACCCAGCUCUUUGCCAUCCAAUAGACUAAUAUAUUCCAAAGUGUGUCUGAUAAGAUUUGUUUAUUCUAGGUAAACGGCUCACGUCUUCAAACAGAAACUGUAAUGCCAAACACAAGACUGAUGUAUAAAUGUAUGCAUUGUAUAUACAGAUAUGUCUGAAUUUACAGUUAUGGUUGAUUUGUGAAUAAAUGUAUUUUUCCAAUGCCUGA